AUGAUACUUGAACAACCUGGUUAUUUCGAAAAUUUCAGAUUGAAAUGUUUUCAGAGAGAGAAGGUGGAGAACAUUUCACGGAGCACCGAACCUUCGAACCUUCGAGCCAGCCACCACAACUCUCGCCGGAUAUCCGCCGCCCGUAGACGUUGUCGUUGCCGUUUUCGCUCCAUCCAGUGCCGUCGUAGUGCCGUCGGUGUCCGUCGUCUUCCACCCAGCCAGGCAGUUGGAUUGCGGGUCGCCGCAGCUCCGGCGUCGGCAGACGAAUCGAAGACGGCAUCGUCUUCCCUCCGGCCUAGCCAACCAAGGGCGCAUUUUGAGUAUCGAUUCCUCCCACCCGCUUCCUUCCCUGUGCCGGACCCUUGCGGUGGCCGCCGGAGCAUCGCCGGAGUGUCGUCGAAGUGUUGCCGGACCCUUUCAAGGAGACUAGAAAUGAACAAAUUAUCUGAGGAUGUGUCUUCGUUUGUAAAUUGCCUUAGUCUUUCUUUGAUUUUCAUUGGAAACCCUGGUCUAUGUGGCUAUUGGCUGGAUUCAUCUUGUCAAAGGUCUCACCCUACCGAGCGAGGUCAGUUGAACUUUCUAGCAGAAUACCAUGUUGCUCCUUCAAACCGAACUCCACCACCAACAUCAUUAUCCAUUUUCACGGCAUAAUCCUUCAAUCACCACCUCUGACCCCCGCCAAAUACCGUGACCACUUCACUCAUCAGCCACCAGGUUGCACCUCCACGGGACCACCAGGAACCCAUCUUUGAGUCACAGCCGUCAUCAUCCCAAGCCCCCUCAGCCACCAUUGCCAUCCUCAAUACUACCGUCUAGCUCCUUCAUCACCAUUGCACCACUGUAACUCUCCACCGUGACCAGUCCAAGACCGUGAAUCGGAACCGGCUGGAGGGGUUGAAUAGCUCCGACACGGCCUUCAACGUUGUCCGGCGGCAUUCCGGCAAGCACUCCGUCGGACCUCUCUCUCUCUCGAAUGCCCUUUCUCCAACUCUCUCGGCCUCUCUCUAGGUCACACUCUCCCUCUCAACCUUCGCGCUUCUCUCUCUACAAUUCUUCCAAAAAUGAAUUUCAAAUUUGAAUUUGAAAGGCACGUCUUGAAAACCCUGCCCACCCCCUUUCCACGUCAGAUUUCAUUUUCAAAUUGAUUUUCUACGUGGACCACUCAAAUUUAGACACAUGUGACGUGUCUAAAUGUUGUCAAAAAUGGUUGUUCAAGUAUCAUUUUCCUAUAAUAAUACCCACAAUGGUAUGGGUUUUUCUGUAUCUGUCAUUCAGCCCUAUGACAUGUAUCAG